AGCUGCAUUUUAGUCACAGAUUUUGGUGUCAGAUUUUAGUCUUUACACAAAAAAAUUUCCUGUACAAAUUUCAAAAGAGAUUCCGCAUUAAAAUGCUAAAAUACGCAAACUUUUGGCAGCUGUUGGCCGUCGUCGUGCUUCUGCAGGUGCAGGGUCUGCGGGGCCAGUGCGCCGACUGCAGCCAACAUUGGGGGUAUCCGUGCAAGGCCAAUGUCACCGGCUACUACUGUGCCCCGGGAUCCGCCAUCGAUACGGUUCCCCUGGUGCAGUCGGACUACGAGACGAGCACCAUAGAUCCCAUGGACAUCUACAAGCAGUGCACGCCCUAUCCCUUCUCUCUCAAUAAAAUCGGCAGCUACUGCUGCGUCUACUCCCCGAAGAUCGGCUGCCAGGCGGCCAUCAACACCCACAUGUACAGGUACGAGUCCAAUCCCGUGGUCUACUGCAAGCGCUGCAUCGACCGCUGCCUCUGCGACAGGGGCGGCAGCGGCCACUAUCGGGCAAGGCCCUGGCAAUCGGGCAGACUUCUGAUCGGUGUCCUGGGCAUCAUGGCCGUGGGACUGCACAUGUAGCAGGCAUAGCCCUCCAAUGAUAAAUUUAAAUGUGAAUUCUGGCUCUAAAUUCUGGCUCUAAGUUCUGGCUGUAAAUUCUGGCUGUAAAUUCUGGCUAUAAAUUCUGGCUCUAAGUUCUGGCUGUAAAUUCUGGCUGUAAAUUCUGGUGUUAACAAAUCAAAAAGAAAAGUGUUCAAGAUCGCCCCAACUGCAUUCUAUAUCUGGGACCAUUCUGUGUCCCAGAACUUAUCCUAAAAGUGCCUCAGAAACCAUCAAUUAAGAGAUGAAACUGCGGCAACAUUUGAGGGCUCAACGAUGAAGGAACUAAGACAGGAGGUGUGUCCCAUCGAAAUGGAAACUUUGCGUCAAGUUUUUGUGUGGCGAAGACGAAACAGUUUCGCCAGUUUCCCCAUGACAGAAACAAUCAAACAUCCGCAGCCACUGAAUGACAGGAAUCCAUGGGUCAUCUUCCUGCUUCCUGCCGUUUUGCAGGGUGGUUGGGUGUGCGCGUACCUCUAAUCAAAUUAAAUGUAUCCCCCCGUCAGAUAGAUGGCAAAUAAAACGUUGCACAGAGGAGUUUCAGUUGAGGCCAGGCCAGGCCAGGCC